AUGACUACGCUCUGUUUCCCUGAAGUCUUACAAAAGACGUUGUUCCUGUUGAAUUGUGCGAAGGGAUCGCCGGAGUCCUGCGAGCACCGCUCUAUCGUAUCGCUCAAAUUGUUACGCGUUCACUCCAACAUCGCACUGCUCUUGUACCUUUUGCACAUACUAUGCCUCAUUCAUGCGAUUAAUUAUAUUAUAUCAAAGAUAUAUCAGCUCUACUUAUCUUUUUUCGCUACUAAUCCGUGCCACAUGUUCUUACCAAGGAACUUCUAUCUUCUCACCCACAACUUGAUUGUGUUUUGUACUAAUGGACUGUUCAACACUCUGGUAGCUAUGGUCAUUGAACGAUGUGUGGCUGCAGCCCUUGUCGACAUCUACGAAAAACGAUUCCGGACACUUGGGAUCUUGCUCACAGCCAUAGCGUUGCUCCUGUCGUUCAUAGAGACUGUGAAUGGAUACAAAUACGUAGCUGGAGAUUAUCUUAUGACAAAUAGUCUCAUCCAUCCAGGUACGAAGAGCACAUUGGUUAGUACUGGUUUUGCUGUGCUUUGGCUGAUCAGCUGUUUACUGCUACUGACUACUAUUUUAUUAUAUUGUUUCAACACACGACGGAAAAAAAGAUCAACACUAACUUCGCGUUACCAAUCUCUUGAAAACGUUGCCACGUCGGGACUGCUUUGCGUUAUUCUUAUCAUAUAUCUGGUCAUAUUUUCCACGUAUACAUGCUCGAUGAUGUUCCUGAGACUGACCAAGAGUGAAGAUCCGAUGCUGGAUGCCUACAAAGAAGUGGCUUAUCUUAUUCCCCUUGGAACACUUCUCAUUCCCCUGGGUGCCCUCAUUUUUAUGAGAAAAUCUAAGCAAAGACGUCGAUAUGGCAUCAACGAUAUCGUCAACAUACAAACCCAUGGACUGAAAGGUUGGGACAAUUAUGCGGCAAUGCUAGAUAAACAGUGGAACAAGUAGAUGAGGAAAGUACAUUAUGCAUAUGAUGCCCCACGGACUACUGUUCUUUGUAAAUGAUUCAAAGAGUGAAAUAAAAGUAUAAUCCAC